UGCAAAAAAAAAUCCAAAACGCUGGAAAAAAGGCCAAAAAAUAAAUGGGUUUGGGUGGAAAAACAUAUAAAACUUAAAAAAACCUCUUGGCGCUGGUGUCCAUGGUAGCGUUUUCCAAUAAAAUGGUGAAUACACGAAUGGGUGGACAAAUGCAAAUUGCUGAAAGGCCCCAAAUAUCUAUGAAUAUUUUUAAGGUGGCCUUUUCUUAAGAUAAAUUCUCCUGCGCAAGAAAGUCAACAGUGUCAACUGAGUCAAAGCCUAUAUGUAAAUGUGAAUGGGAAAAAUUCUCAUAAACAUUGAGGUGAAUGAGGAUGCCAAUGUUUGCAAAACUUUCAACAAACCUUUGUAUAAACGAAUGGUCUUUAACAUCAUCAACCAAAUUAUACCUGCAAUAAUUCCCAUGGAGUUUGAAUUAAAGGCAACCCUAGAUAUUACUGCAGGGUUGGAGUUAAAAUUAUGUGAUAAUUUAGGACAUGUAACAACUAGUUUGAAAGUUACAGCAGCUGGAAGUGUUAUGGUUGAGGCGAAUGUUAAUGUUGUACAUCUGAUUGUGGCCAAGGUUGGCCUCGCAACAGAAGGACUCUUGAACUACCAGCUUCACACUGGAUUGGAUACCACCUUCUUCUACACCAACGACCUAAACUAUUCAAUUGAUACCCCUACUACACUCUAUAAGACGCUGGAAGGCAGCAAGAUAACAGUGUAUCCCUAUUUUGCAUGGAGGGGAUGGUGUGGAUGGUUGGUGUGCAUAGGAGAUGAGGCAUUUCAAAACAAACAAAGGUUGGAGUCCUUUACGUGGACUCUUUACAAAUAUGAGCCUACACCUGACAAUGAUCAAUGUUAAUAAGAGAGAUGAACUGUGAGUAGCUGAUAACUAUGAUGGUUGUCAUAAGUUAGUUGUAUCACAUUAUACAACUCAACAUGCAUCCUGAUUUUUUUAGUGUUAGCUAGUUACACUUAUGCACGGUUGGAUUGUGUUUGUAUUAAUAGGACUAUAAUAUACACUUAUGAUGGUCAAUACACUCAAGGAGUAUGAACUUGCCAGAGGAAGUAAUACCGCUAUUAUAACUGAUCAUGACGCAUCAAUGCAUUUGCUUUGCAACAAUGAUUACGUACAUCAAAGGGUAUAGGUUGUGGUAUAG